AUGACGACCAGCCCGGAUCUGGGAGUCAAAACGAGCAAGACGCUAGGUGAUAUUUGUCAGAACAGGGAUGUCGUCGCCAAAGGUUUCGCUAAAGUCACAGUAACCGACUAUAACCUACAUACCGGCGGCCAAAUCAAGUUCCGUUCGUCCGACGACGGAGAUGGUAGCCGAGUAGACGACUACGCCAUGAGAGUAUCCCAGCCAGAGGAGGAUGACGGAAACUUUAUCAUCGAGUACGAUGCCAUCAACGUCGUUGCUGGGGAAAUAACAGUAGAUCUUUCCGCCCAAGCUGCCGUAACAGAGCGACAAGGUAUCUUCUCGCCUGCAUCCGAAAAUACAAGAAGUGGUCUAGGUCCUUCCCAGCUCACACACUACUAUAUUGGCGACUGGGACGCUUUGGAGAGAUCCCAACCGCCAGUGCUUUUAUGCGGUGACCUUCUCGAAAAGGCCUUCAGCAACCGUGUAAAGCCCGGUAUCACCACUCCCUACCUCUAUUACACAAAUGAUGCCCUAACCUGCAGUGGCAUGCACCUUGAGGAUGUUUCUGUGCCAUCGGUGAACUUGGUUCGCUGGGGAGCCUCUAAGGCGUGGCUGAUUCUCGAGCCGGGGCAGGGGAACAUCGAAAGGUUUGAGAGUUGUGUCAAGCAGUGCAUGCAGCAACGCGUGAAGAGGUCUAAAGCCCAGAGACACCGUCCGUAUACCACUGCCAAGUGUUCGCAGUUCGUACGCCAUCAAAACACCCUCUUCACCACAGAAACACUCGGCAGGUGGAAGGUAAGGUUCAACAUCGUCUUCUGUGGGCCGGGCGAGCUCAUUGUCACGAUGCCGGGCACAUAUCACCAGGUUGUCAAUCUCGGCCCAAACCUCGCCGAAGCGGUCAAUGUUGCUUGGCCAGGCGUGAGCAUCCCCCCACCGGACUAUGUUUAUUGCAGCAAGAAACGGUGCGACCACAGCGAUAGCAUUUCAAAAGCCGAUCUAGUGGCUAGCUGA